UUUUUUUUUUUUUUUUUGGAGCUGCCUCGUCCUGCAUGGCGGACAGUAGUUGUCGAGCAGCUCAUGUCAUGUAAUGUACCUUGCCGUGGUCACUGACGGGUUCACGCCAGUUCACCGGGUUCACUUGAGGAGAGCCCCCACCCCUCCUGCUCGCCUCUUCUGCUCAACGCUCGGCCGACCGGAGCUCAUCCGAUAUUAUUCAUUUAUAUAUAUUCAUGUCGGAGUCCAUUUGGCCGCGUUGAGGUUCCCAGGGAGCUUUUUGAGUUGGACAAGGGUCCUCCAGCAGCAGAAGGCAUGAAGCAACAUUGUGGCUGAUCCAUGACACUAAACUCCACUCGCCCUCUGCUCUCAUCAAACCGGACAAUCAAUCACUGUCUCAAUCCCAUCGCCACAAAGCUGCACAAUGGCCAGCAAGAGGAAAUCCACCGUGCCCUGCAUGAUACCAUCCAAAUCCAAACAUGUGCGCGAGGAAAUCAUACUGGGCUCGCUGCCAGAACUCCUACCAACAAUCCCAGAAGACGGCAUACUCAGCAUCUCUGGAGUAGAGUCUGGCCAUGUCUUUCACAGCUUAUCCAAAUCUGAAUGUGGUAGCGAGGUGCAAAAAGGAGGUACAUAUAGCUGUCCACCAUGCUUUUUCGAGUCCAGAGAUUUAAACUAUUUUUUGGAUCACAUGCACAACUGCCACUUAGACUUCAGGGCUCAGCCCACUUUCUACUGCCUGAACUGUGGGGUCUCGGUUGUUCGCUUUGAGGCCCUGGCUCUGCAUAAUGCUAACACUCAUCCUAAGAUCAUGGACGGAUUGAUGACCGCCUCCCUAAGUGUCAACAAGAGGGAUGGGGUCACAACGGUGGAGCAAAGCCUCUUUACGGACAAUGAAGACGACUACAGAGAAUCUGGAAUAUCCCUCAGCAAAACCCCUAUUGCAAAGAUGAUGAAAGCCAAGGGAGAGCACAAAAAGAUUGUAGUAUCUCACACUGUGGAAGUAUUGAAGAAAGCCAGCGGGAUUGAUGUGGACCCCAACAUGCUGACAAAUGUGCCUGAACUCCAAAACGGGGCUCUCAGUAUUCCUGGUGCCCAAGCUAUGCCGAGAUCAACUGUUAGUCACAUGAUUGCGACAACAGUGUCCAACCCAGUUUUUCACCAGCACACUCCCUCCCUGUACUCUUCCCCUUCCUCUGAUUCCAAUAAAGACUUUCCAAAGGUGAUGAUCCCUCUUAGCAGCAUCCCCACCUACGAUGCCGCCAUGGAUACCAGCAGCUUUCUUAAGACAUCCUUUGGCAAGUUUCCCUACCCGACCAAAGCUGAGCUCUGCUACCUGACGGUGGUGUCAGAGUUUCCUGAAGAACAAAUCAAACUGUGGUUUACCGCCCAAAGACUCAAGCAGGGCAUAAGCUGGUCUCCGGAAGAAAUAGAAGAGGCCCGGCGGAAGAUGUUUAACACCGUGUUCCAGGGUGGAGCACCGCAAAAGCAACCUGCCCCCCAGCGUCAUGUCAAUCACUUUGUUACUCACCACACAAUCACAGCUUCUCAAGGUUCAAAAGGACCAAACUUUAACAUGGCCAAAGUCACUUAUGGCGGCAUAAGAAACAAACCUGUCAUAGCCAAGCAGGCCAGCAUGUCGACUAAUCCUAACGUCACAAGGGUCUCGUACUCUACUCCGAUACUCCCUCAGAAGGUCCCAUCUGUAUUCCGAACAACACAGCUACUGACCAGGAGUAUUCAAGCCCCUGCAGAUCCCGACAAGAGCAACGGCCUGGAUGUGGCGGUAGCUGGAAAUAAUCGCAGCAGCAGUAGCAGCAGCACUUGCAGCAGUAGCAGCAGCAUCACCAGUUAUUCCAGCAGCAGUAACGGUGGCGAGAAUGUCAAAUGGAAAACGGUGAAUAGCGGAAUCCCGACCAACGGCGUCAACAGCUUUGCUGCCUUCUGCGCCGACAUUAGCAAUAACAAUUUGCACUGUGUUGCCACCGCCAAUGACAAACACAACAAUUUACAGACGGGACUGGAGAACAGCCACGCCGUCACAAAUAACACCAGCAAUGUAAAUGUCUCCUACAACAAUCAUAACAGCGUCACUCCUCAAGAGCAGGCCGAAACCUUAGGGAAGGAUCAGCAGCGCAACAUUCACAACAGCAGCAGUAUUACCGUAGAACACCCCGCCUUGAAAGACAGUGUUCCCCACCUGAACCACGCCAGCACUUCCCCCACUCAAAGCACCAGCACCACCGUCAUCACAAAAACGAGUUCAUCAGUGAUGGAUGAGGGCAAACGCAACAAGGAGUUUAGCAUAAAAGGCAUGUCAAUCUUGCAGCAACUCAUCAAGGAAGACGACCUUUUUACUGGCAACAGAAGCUGCUCGGAGCUGAAAAUUGAACCCAUCAAGAUCAACUUCAAGAGGAUGAAAAUGAAUGAAAGUGAGAGCACAUCUGAGAUUGCACAUCAAGAACACAAAUCAGAGAUAGCCGAAGGGUCCUUCUCACCCCCCUGGGCCAACAAGAGCCCCCAGCAGCUGCGCGUCCUUCGUCAGACUUUCUCCGGCACACGCUGGCCCAACAGUCAGCAAUACGAGGAGUUAAGCGUCCAGACGGGCCUUCCCAAGUCCGAGGUGGUGCGCUGGUUCAGUGACAGCCGGCACAGCCACAAGAACGGACAGCUAAAGUGGCUGGAGACCUACCUGCAACCCCCAGUGCAGGCAGAGGAAGCCAAAGUUCAGGGAGAGGCCGAAGCCAGUACACCGGCUGCCAAAAAGAAACUUCUUGAGCAAGACGUGAACAAAGCCCUCGAAGGAGACGCAGGACUAAACACUGGCCAGCGGGUUCUGUGGCAGAGUUCAAACUCACCGCUGCGGGGUCUGAUGGGGUCAGAGGGGAGCAUCGAGCUAAUCAAAGCUGAGACCGCCGCACAGCCGGGAGUCUUUAAGGACCCCUGGCCAGAGAGAGUAGAGGACCACCACCAGCAGCUACCUGCCAGUCAGCCACUCAUCGAACAACCCAAUGAUGCCAAUAACACCAGGAUCCUAAAUGGCUGUCUAAGUGAACCAACUUGUUUGAGUAUGUCCUCAGCCAUCUACUUUCCAGGGACCGCCUGAGGAUGGAGCUGCUGGAGGUGUGAUGAAGCCCACCCAAACACGCGGAACAAGGCUGGAAAAUGACAAAAAAAAAAAAAAAAAAAAGAAGAAGAAGAGUGUUUGUAAUGACAGCAAAUGUGAUUGUAGCUGGACCGUAAGACUCUGACUGUAACUGUGAAUACCCCCCACCUCCCCCCCGUGCCCCCCCCCUUUCUCUUCCUCUUCCAUCUGCCAUCACUUCCUCCCGUCGUCUGAAGAAAGAACUUCUCACCUUCUCGAGUCCUGUGAUGUUUCAGCCUUUCAUGCUUCUUCGUGGUGGUGUGGGGAGGGUGCACAAAGAGGUCAGUACGAGGGAUCAAAGAACGAGAAAGACGCACACCGACUGGAAAACUGACUUGAAUGAACGCAACUAGGAUAGGACGAGGCCGGGAGAUAAUGUCUUGGGGUCAGCGUGGGAAAUAUAUAUAUUAUAUACUUAUAUAAUAUAUAUUGAUGAAAACUGCACUAUAAAGGGGGUUUGUACUGACUGGAUGGACAAAAGAUGUGUCAAAGAAAUGUUAUUGUUGGCUUUGUGAUAUUAUUUUUUACUUUUUUAGCAACUUCAGCACUGCCUUGAAUUUGACUUUUUUUUUUUCUUCUUCUUCUCUCUCUCUCUUCGCUUUUUUCAAUUCUAUUUACUCCGCUAUAGUCACUGUAUGUCCAGGCGCAAACCGUUUUAUUUACACCUGUAUCAAUGUUGGUGAUCACUUUGUGGUUCGGCUACACGCAAACGAGACGAUGUUCAAUGCACUAAUGAAAAAUCAGCCGGCCCCGGCCGCAAAGAUAUUGAUAUCCUUUGCCCGGGAUGGAUGACACUACAAUGCCCUGCUAAACAGAGACUAGCCUGUCACGCUAACGUUGCCUUACUCCGCUCUGUCCAUUUGUUCAUAUAUGACCCGUCUGUCCGUCAUCUCGCUUUGCAGCUGCUGCGCUGUCCGUAAAGUUCCACCCAACUUCAAAAAAGAAAAAAAAGUGCAUCAAGGAUUGCUGUCGGUCUGUGAAAUAAUCAUGUGCUGCUUUGGAGAUGUUUCAUUGGAACUGUAAUGAUGUAUCAAAUAUGGUGACUGGCCGAGGUAAAUUAUCAAUUGGAGACUUUGACACCGAGUGUCGUGCUAGCUAGAGAGCCAAAUCAGGAGAAAUUGUCCGAUUUUCUAUGGAACCCGGAGAAACAAGAGUCACUACGUGGAGAUUAUGAAGCUGCAUCCUUGUCAAGCUGCUACCAAGCUAAGAACGGUGCUAUACCAUCCAAAGUGAAAUUGGAGGUUCAUCUCCUACCAGCAGAGUAUGCACUUGUGUGGAAUGUUACACCUUUAUUUUGCUUGGACAUCAGUGGAAUCUGGACUUACGGUGGUGUAAUGAUCACUUUCACACAGAAAAAAAUAAAUAAAAAACAACAAAAAAAAACUUUUAUGAAAUAGCCUGAUCAUAAAGCACUGUUGUAUCAUCCUUUCUACACUUUCUCUGAAACUUUACAGAAUAAAGCGAAUACUCACCAAUCAGAA